AUGUUAUUUUUUUACCAAGGAAAAUCAAUAAAUAGAUCUCAAAUCUUGGAGAAACAAGAUCAGGAUAACACUAAUAUUUUAUUAGAAUCAGAAAAAAUAAAAAAAUUAAUUGAUUCUGAGUUCCAACAAGUAGAAUAUAUUAACAACAUAAAUGAAUAUAAGAAAAAAAUCAAUGAACUUGAAUCUCAAAAUAAAGAAUUAUUAUCUGAAAAUAAAGAAUUAUUAUCUGAAAAUAAAGCAUUAUUAUCCAAAAAUAAAGCAUUAUUAUCUAAAAAUAAAGCAUUAUUAUUCAAAAAUAAAGCAUUAUUAUCUGAAAAUAAAGAAUUAUUAUCUGAAAAUAAAGCAUGA